GCUUUGGAGUUGGAUAAUAUAAUAUUUAGAAGCUCUAUUUCUUUUCUCCGACGUGCAUCAAAGAGUCAUUAUGUAAACAAGCGACAGCGACCCAUUUACAGCAGCGAGCACAUUGACAAGAGCAGCGGGAAUAAUUCGCAAAUGCAGAGUUUAUUAGAACCGAGUGCUCACAGAAAAAUGUUUUAAUGUGUUUUAGUGAACAGUUGUAGCAAAUUACUAUCGUAAUAUAAACUCGGAAGAUUAGCGUUAGCUUGACAGAGCGUCGAAGAAACGGACCCCUGUUGCAUUUUUCGACUUAAUUUGAAGCUGUGCAGGAAGAACCCGCGCUAAUGUAACGCUGGAUGACGUCAUCCCUGUGGCCUAAAGGUACUUUCAGGUAAACUGUCCACAAACUGUUGGUUUCUCCACACAUGGACAACAUGGGGAGUCUGAAUCACAUGGUGGAGACUGUGGCGCUGAGUGAUGGUCCUGCUCCUGAGAGCUCCUCAACACAAAAAGAUACUUCACCUACAGACAUGCUGAGAAUAAAACAGCAGAUGUCCAAUCAGUGUUUUGAGAUGGCGGUGCAUGUCAGUGCAGGAAAAAUUAAAAAGUCCUGCAGCACGUUGGAAGCAGAGAGAGACUUGCCAGACUACAUGAGUGAGCUGGAACGAGCAAAAACGGCUCAUUUUAACAGCACGUUGGCACUGCACAGAAUGCAGAUGUGGCACGCUUUAGGAGAAAAGAUGAAACAGAGCGAUCCAGAGGCAGCUGCCCUAAAAGCUGUGAGUGACCGCUGCAUGGCUCUGUGCUCACGGAUAAAACAACUUCAAGAGGAGACAAGAUAUCUUCAAGAUGAAAUUACAGAAAUCCAGAAAAACAGACUUGAGAUGAAACGGCUUACCCACGAGAAGAUGAAAGAGAUGGAAGAACUAACGUCUAAGAAGGAGCACGCAGAUUCAGAAAAAUACAAAGCUGUGUUGGAGAAAGGUCAAGAGAAUCUGGAAAAAUAUAAGAAGAUGGCCAUCAUGACACAAAAUGUUCUCAGGGGCAUCCUGCUGGCCUGUAAAGUCAACUGGCUGGAUGAUCCUAAACUUCGAGACAUUGCCAUGACGCUAGAGGAAUUUCCUAUCUCAGACUAG